AAUACAUUUACUGAUUGACUGUUUCAAAUUAAAGUAUUUUGUUUCAAAAAAAGGUUUGAACAAGAGACUUAAAGAUCUUGCCAGAUAAUAUUUAAAAAAAAAAGAAAGUCACAUUAAAUUGAUUUUUCUAAAAAUAUCUGGUCAAUCCCGCGAAACUUCAAGAUGGAUACAGUGCUGGGUUCGGAGAACUCUUUGACAAGCACCCCCAAAGUAAAAGACAAUGUUACCUUAAACAUUUCUUUUGUAAGAAGUUUUUAUAAUUUUAAUUUGGAAAAAGGAACCACUCUUCUAUUGCCUAUUUUUGUUUAUGUUAAAAUUUUUAACGAUAAGAUGAGUCAUUAGCAUCGUCCUGUCAGGGGCAUUUUGUCGGCAUAGGCCACAAUCACAAAGUGCAAAGGCUCUCCAGGCAUCCCGGUUUUGGGCCAGUCUCACCAGUAGUGACCACUCUUUUUGGUGUCUGCCUCUAGUGACCUUCUCCAAGUCAUUUUGGGUCGACCUCUUUUUCUCUUGCCCUGGGGGUUCCAAGUAAGAGCUUGUCUCAUGAAACUGGAUGUAACUCUUCCACUGGUUCUUGUUGUGUGCGGCGCCAGAGAUCUCUUGGUGAUGACAUUGGGCUAGCAGAUUCUUAGAAUCAUUUGGAGACAUGAGUUGAUUAACGUCUGUAGCUAUUUUGAACUAGCUGCUGUUCGCCAUUUUUUCUGCUUCAUAUAGCCAUUUGGCCAUUUAUAGCUAGACAGGUUUCACUGUGGUGUUGAAUAUCCUGACCUCGAUCUGGAGGAUCAAGUUGCUGCAGCUCCAGACUUUUUUAGCUGGUUAAAUGCAGUUGUUGCCUUGCCAAUUCUCACUCUAAUGUCGGCGUCUCACCCUCCUUGUAUGUCAAUGAUGCUGCCGAGGUAUGUACUGUUAAGCUAUCCACCUCCUCAAGGUUUUUUCCUUCCAGUACUAUAGACUUUAGGUGUGUUGCUUGAUGUAUUUAUUUUAUUUUAAGGACUUUGCUUUUUCCUCAAUGGAUGUUCGGGCCCAUGCAAGCAGAGUACUAUGAUACAUAAUUGGUUUUCUCUGGCAUCUGUUGCUCCGUGUGUGCUAUUAUGGCCAGAUCAUCCGCAAAAUCCAGGUCAUCAAGCUGUUUUCAUAGUGUCCACUGAAUACCAUUUCUCUUCUGCUCUGUAGACAUUUUCAUUAUCCAAUCAAUGGUCAGCAGGAAUAAGAAAGGCGAGAGUAGAUACCCCUGUCUGACACCGGUCUGUAUCCAAAAAGCCGCAGUUGUUUGUUGGCCAUGAACAAUUCUGCACAACAGUCCUUCAUAAAAAGCCUUAAUUACGUCCGUCAAUUUUUGUGAUACCCCGUAGUGUCUUAGCAGCUUCCACAGAGUCUGUCUGUCUACACUAUCAAAAGCCUUCUCAUAGUCAAUAAAGUUGAUGUAUAGUAGCGAGUUCCACCCCAGGGAUUGUUCCUCUAUAAUUCACAGUAUGCCAUCUGGUCGGUGCAGGAUCUGUCUUUUCUAAAAAGCUGCUUGUUGGUCCCUAAGAUGGGUAUCCAUUGCCUCCCUCAUUCUGUUAAGUAGUAUUCUGUUGAAUACUUUGCUUGGGAUGGACAGCAGGGUUAAAAGAUGAGUAUGAAUCAUCAAAAGUAGGGGUGUGCCGGAUCCGUUUUUUUCCAACCGGAUCCGGAUUUUCUUAUGCGAAAUCCUUCGGAUCCGGAUUCCGGAAUAAUCCGGAUUCCGGUUUCUCCCGGAUUCCGGAUUUUGGUACUAUUGGUAGAUACUUCGGUAAGUCAAGGUGGACUACUACUUUUUGUGUAUGGGAAUUCGCAAUCGGUGCCAAAAAAUCCGAGUUUUUAAUUUUCCGAUGUGUGUGUCUAUUUAUUAUUAAAUUAGUACUUUCGAUAUAUAUUUGAGUUCCGUUCCAUUUGGAUAAGUGUCUUUCGAGAGACGCCAUGUUUCUACGCGUUCGCAGCAGGUCAUGCAGCUCGCUCAACCUAAUUUCGCCAUGGGGUUGGCCACGCCCCCCUUUUUAAUGGCGGAAGUUGACGAUACUUAGGAAAUAUUAAUUUAUUAUCACUAUUUACAUCAAAAUAAUUGAUAACUUGUGUUUCAGAAUGCAUUUAAAGACAUUUAAACUGGAAUGUUUUAAUUUGAGCUUUAACAACCCGGUAGAAUCCAUAUUAUAAAUGAUCAGAAUUUACCGUGUGCAACACGUUGUCAUUGGCAACCAUUCACAGCCACUUGCAUAACUGUAUCGUAGUACUACCUCAGAGUUUCAUUCAUAAGAGUUUGCCGUGUGCAAAAACUAUUAAACCAUUGGUCAGGGAAAGCUUUAAUUAAUUAUUCAUGUGCCAAAGUUGAAAGUUUAAACUAAGUCUAAACAGUAUUUUAGUGAUAAGGCAGGGAAUGCGUUGCCUUAUAUAAACUAUAUAGUCAUUGCGCAUGACGGGAUUGGCGGAAUGAGAUCACAGAAUGUGGAGAUGCAGUCCAUGUUAAAAAAUGACAAACCAAGUCGUACUUUAAAAAUUCAUAACUUUAAAACUACAACAGCUAAAAAUAUGAUUUUGGUGUUAUAAUUCUUUAAAAAAUUACAUCUUUUCAACUAUGCCAUUGGUUUAUUUUUACAAAAAGUUUAAAUUUUCUUAUCAAAGUCCCUACACUAUUGGCCACUAUUAGCGGUGCUGACUCUAGCCUCUGGUAUGUACGGAAUAUUAAACAUUAAACAAGCUCAACGCUCGAAACAAUCGAUUAAUGUAUCGUGAUUGUGUGGAAUUCGGGAAAGAGAAUUACUUUUAUUUCAGAUUAUGAUCCGGUGAGUCACAAAAUCUGGCAAAUUCCGAAAUCCGGUAUAUUCCGGAAUCCGGUUGUUCCGGAUACAUGUAAAUCCGGCGGAACCGGAUUUCACCGGAUAGUUCAAAAUCCGGCGGAACCAGAUUCCGGACCGGAUUCCGGCACACCCCUAAUCUGCAUGUAAUAAUAUGUACAACAAAAAGGUCAACGGGAUGUCAACAUCAAUGAAACGGUGAAUAAUGAAAGUUCAUUGGUUCUUAUUUUUACCAAAUACUAUUGAGUUAAUAGGAUAUUGACUUUGACCUCUGCACUCUUGUAUUAUUGUAAUGAUGAUCCGAUGAUAAAGAUUAUUUUGCUAAAUUAAAUUCAUAUUUUUAUGAAGCGAAAGUAUAAUUUAACAAGUAUUUAAAAAACAUUUUUUUUUCGGUAGUCUAAAUCACAAAUGCAGUAUUAUGUACAACUACAAUCAACAGAAUUUGAUCUCAAAAUGAGGUGGUGCAUUCCAUACAACUAGUACAUUCAUAGUUAUCAUUGUAAAAUGCAAUAUACCUUAAAAAAGGACAAAUGAACUCACAUUUUUAUUUACUUUUUUAUUAGUUCAUAGCUCAAAAACUACUAAAGCUAUUUUAAAAAAUAAAACUGCCUAAUUUUUAUAAUUAAUAAUAAUUUUUGUUGUUGUCGCUAAGGCAAAAUUCAACCAUUUAUCCCUAAUGUGCAUGGACGGAAGCAUCAUUCUCUACCCGUAGCAAAUUAUGCCUCUCGCGCUUUGCCCUUACUACUCAUCACGUAAUAUGCAUAUAGAUUUUUUUCUUUGUCUUUCAUUAAUAAUCUGAGGGCCACUUAGGGUUAAUAUGAAAUGAUUUUUAAGCCCACGAACUGUGGCAUGCAUCAUUCUGUGGUGUGGAGUUUUUCAGAGCAUUUUGAGUGCCAUUUGAAAUUGCAUUAAAUGACAUAGAAAUAUUGAUACAAGACCCCUAUAAGUAUAUAUUUUUAGAAAAGUAAAUGGAUGGGGAUAACGUUGGCCAUAUUGCCCACCCUGUAAGAAAAUUUUGCUCAGUGUCCUUGACCUUGGAGUUCUCAAGAAAAAAAAAUCGACAAAAUGUCUUGCUUUCAAGUGCUCAAAACAUCAUUAAUUUUUAUAGAUACACUUAAAACACAAUCUAAAUGUUGUAGCCAAUUCAUUUAUCUUUAAGAAAAUCUAUAGUUUGCUCAGGUUUUGAUUGCAAUUAAACCUAUGAAAGCAAUUUUAGUAAUUUUAGGUCAUUUAUACAAGAAACUGGGACCACUGCUAAAACCAAGUACAAAAUACAAAAUCUCAGGCAAAAUAGUUAUUAUUGACUAGUAAACAUUUAAAAAGGAACUGUGGAACUGAUUUGGGUUGUUUAACUAUAAAAUUUAUUAGUUCCGAGCUAUAAUCUGUAGCUUCUGUGACUAAAAUUCAGUCAGUCCCUGCCCAAUCUCCGGGCCUGGCUCGAAGUCUAACAGUAGCCUCAGUAGGCCUAUUUCAGUAUCAUUAAGACUAGUAUAAAAUUCACAAGAAGAAUAAUCUAAACUGAGUCUGAUACCAUCAUGGGGAAUGUUAAAAUCAUCAUCAGUAUCACUUAAACCCUCUCCUAAAAAGCUUUCAAACAUAUUUUGAUUUUUUUCUUGCUCUGAAGGCCCGGCCCUUCAACCAUUUUAGCUUGAAAAAAAAACAGCGAUAUAAAACUCUGAUUAAAAAGUAUUUAUUUUCAAGUUAUCACGAAACAGCUUAAACCAGAGGAUGAUUUAAUUAUUAAUAAUAGGAAGUGGCUAUAAUUCCGGUUAAAUAUUGGAUUGAAAGUUGCUAUCGGACCGUGUUUUUUAUCGGCUGCCACAAUACAGAACGAGAAGGCCGACCACAGUUCGUGGGUUAAAAUACAAGACCACAAAUCGAUUUUGACUAAAAAAAACAGGGUUCUUGACAGGUUCUUAAAGAGAAAUUUGUUAAAAAAUGUUAAAUCGUCCUGGCGAUUUUUGGCUCUUUGACUGAGUUUGCCAAACACUGGGCUAACCCAUAUGAUAUGAAAUCCACAAGUUACCUUCACUUACUUAGCCUAGAUAUUUCAUUUGUGUCUAUGAUCUAGCUAAUGGCUUUAUGAAGAGAUAUCCUGUUUUCUCUUUUUUUAAAUUAGCUUAAUCAUGAUCAAGGAAUGCUAUGAUUAUAAUGAUAAAUCAGUCUCAGUGGAAAAAAAAUCUGAUUUCUGAAAGGCUCAAUAAUGAUACCAUCCUAUGUAAUUUACAGUGAAACAUAUUAACUUUUUAUAAGCAAAGCAAUCCCAUAUGCUACAUAACAUAGAUGAAAAAACAAGGUUUGAACUUUAACCCAGGAAUAAAACAUUUUAUUUUCUCAUAGUUUUAGUUGAAGUGUGCUGUGCACUAGAUUCCUACUGACAUUGAUGAUGGAAAAUCUUUGUCUUAACUCUUUAUUUACCGGUUCUAUGACCACAAACAAUUUUUUAAACAUUUUGUGGGUUUUUUUUUAUGUUCCUAUUUUUUAAAAUUUUGCGUUGUUUUUUGUUUUUUAUAAUUGCUGCAAUUUACUCAUUUUUUGUAUAAUUUUAUCUGAAAUAGGCCAGACAUGAGAGGAAAACUUUACAAACUAUACAACACACAGCAUCAGACCCAAACUAUGGAGGUCAGACUUUGGCUUCUCAGCUGAAAGGAUCUAAGGUGAGUUUUGGUAAUUUAUUUAAAUGACUAUGAAAAUGAGAUGACAUAAAUUUCAUUAAAAUUGGUACAGCAGGCUUCUUUCAAGUAAAUAUUUAAUUAGUGUAAAGAUUUCACAUAAUAAUAAGUGCAAUGUAAAUCGCUUUUGUCAAGCCAGUGAUUAUCAAAUGUAUUUAAAUAGGGGUUACUAGAUAUUUAAAAAAAAGAACUCUGCAAUAAAAAAGAUGUUGCAAAAAUUUUAUUGUAAUUUAGUUAUAUAGAUUGAAUUAAAAUCACAUUGCAUUGUAAAAUCAAUUAAAUAUGGAAAAAAAAUUCCCGUCGACACAUCUUCAUGGUAUGUUAAUGUCACCUCGUUGCUACAUUUAGGAGUUGAAACUGAAGACUAAACUGUAUUACAAUGAGCCAUCAACUCAUUCAAGCCCACAUUCAGUGCACAUCUAUAAAGACUCCAUCAUGCCAGAAAACAGUGCCAUUGUUCAUUGUCACAGAAACACUCAAACAGAUAUUUCACUACUUGAAGAUCUGAUUCAGAAACAUCUUCAAGGAGAAGUUGGUGACCCAGAUGACAGUGGUCGCUUGUCUGCCUAUAUUGACCAGGAUACUUUAGAUCUGGUGACUAAAGGUUUGAAAGUUUUUGAGAUGUUGCAUUCUCCCAAGUAAAUAUAAAAUCACUGUAACAAUAUACUGGUCUAUAAAUUAAACUGUUCCCCGUUGAGAAAAGAAAGAGAAAUUUUUGACAACUUUUAAGUUAAUGUUUAUUAGCGAUUAGAUUAAUUAGACACUAUCAAUUUGUGUCAAUCAAACAAUAUAAGUUCAGCUUUAAUAAUGAUGAUACUGAAUACAAAUGUAAGCGUUAAUGCCUGCAUUAGUUCAAAAAAACAACAACAUUCAUAUAAGUGUAAAUUAAAUUUACAUAAUAUAUAUAUAAAUGUAUCCUACCUAAAGUGAGAGAAAAGAAUAAGAGUGGACGCCAGUCCCUGACAAAAUAAAGUUCAGAAGAACGGAAAGGAAGUGAUUAAUAGUAAUUUCAUGUGUUUGAUUUUCUCUUAUAAUUUUACUGAAAAUAAAGCUGGAAAGAAAUUAAGUACAGUACAAUUUUAUCAUUGCUGAAACGUUACUUUAUUUUCAAUUGUAGCAAGAAAUAAAUUGACACUUUUAUCAUUAAUCUUGACUUGAAUUUUUGCAGGGGAGGUGUCAGAGUCUUAUUGGAAAGAUUUAGCUGAGGAAAGAAGAAGAGCUCUAAUAGAAACCAUGGCUGAAAAUGAGAAGGUACAAUCACAAAUAAAAAUGGACAUUUAUCUUGGUAUAUAUUUGGACUAUAUGUUAUAGAAGAGCAGGAAGGGGGUGGGGGGGGGGAAUAAUUGUGAGAAAGAUAUUCUUUAAUUGAAUCAAAUGGGCCAGAUAAAUGUAAGAUUUUAUCGUUAAUUUCUUGAAGCUUGGCUAUAGAAGUACUGAAUGGUUUUGUGGCCAAAUCUUUCAAACUUUUUAUAACAAUGUAUCUUGCUUAAAUUGCUCAAAAAGUUCUUAAAAUACUUUAAAAUUUAGUCAGCCUAAAUCGAUUUGUUGGGCUUUAACCCUUUCUGCUGCAACAUAUUGUAUACCCUGUUCCUAGUGACUGUACACUUAUUUAAAGGGAAAAGGUGUUUCUGGAGAUUCCUGGCAACUGGAUGGGUUACACCCAUAGUCUUAUAUCACAUUAAAUGGCUCUCUUUAUGUUAUUUUAUUUUUUACAAUGUGGCAUGAUUAGUUGCCAUAUAACUGAACUCCCUUCACAGAUUGUGCAGUAUCUCCCAUUGAAGCAUUUCUUCUGUAGAUUAAUGAAAAAUUGAUACAAACGAUAGUUGACUGCACCAACAAGGAAGGUGAGAAAGUAAAAGGAGUCAAAUGGCAAAGGAAUGAAAGCUAUUAUUGGCUGCCUACUACACACUGGCACUCUUCACCUAAAGUGGAAUUUUUAUUCAGACAUGUUGAUGGAAAUCCUCUUUUUAGGGAAGCAUUUUCAAUAAAGAGAUUCAGCAAACUUCUUAUUCAUAUUUGCUUUAACAAGGAUAGUAAAUCAAUCCUUUCUGGCUCGUGACAUCUUUGAUCCCAUAAAAGAUGUAUGAGAAGCAUUCCUGAGUAAUUUGGUGAGGUAUUAUGUUCCUGGAGAAAACAUCACAGGAGGUGAGCAACUGGUUGGUUUCAAGGUCGGUGCAGAUUUAUUCAAUAUAUACCAAGCAAGCCAGACAAAUAUGGAAUAAAAAUGCUCUUGGCCUUUGAAUCGUCCUCGAACUAUUCUCUGAGAGACUGCCCAUAUCUCAACUAAGACAACGCAAGUGCCUUCCAGCAAAGAGAAAUGUUGGAAUAUCCCCAGAGACUGUGAUUUCUCUCACAAGGGACUUCCAUGGAAGUGGCUGCAAUUUCAGAACAGACAUUAUUUUAUUCCCUUAUAACUUGCAGAACCAAUGGCCAAGAACAGACUUGCCCUAGUUAGAACAGGGAAACGGAACAAGAUUUCCUACCCAAGGGGUUUGAGCAAAAGAAGGCUCUGCCUCUCAACAAAUCAGUUGGUUUUUUUUCAGACUAGAAACAACCUUGUCAAAUACCAGAUUUCGAGGCAGAAAAAUAUAUUGCUGCUGAACACAAUACACAACCGUCCAGCCAUAGAAACUGAAAAUGAAUGCAAGAAACCAAAGAUUGUGCUCUAUAAUAACAAAAUAAAAGGAGUCAUAUUCACCAUGGACCAAAUGGCGAAGAUGUUCUCAGUGAAUGCAAAAGUGUAAAAGAUGGCCUUUGGGUUGUGUUUUUCAACAUUGUUGACUUGGCAUCAAUUGCAGCAAGAGUGACAUUUAAUAUAAUUAUCCAACUAACUCACUACUGAUUCAUGAAGACAACAUACAUUCAGUACUGAUGUUGCACAUUUCCUCACCUUUCCGCAAGUUGAGGCAAUCCGUCCCGACGCAUCAAGAUAUUGUGAGGCAGAACAUCGCCAGUGUUUUUAAAUCUUUGCAGACACUUCAAACAGUUACCCAAACCACUUCAUCUCAGCAAGUUUAUUAGACAUAUUUGGUUCUUUUAUGUAAAAACUGUGCAAGCUGAGCUGCAAAGCCCCUACUUUCCAUGUGUACAUUGACUGUUCUGCUUGCAUAUGUUUUUUCAAGUUGAACACAUGCUAUUAUUGUUGGUACUAAAAUGUUUUCAGAAUAUUUUUGUUAUUGUCAAUAUUUAAAAUCUAUUUUAUGGCAAGGAUUACAGGCUCAAAUAAUCCAAAAACAACAACCAAACAAAAAUGUUCAUAAGCCAUUUUACAUUUUUUUUUUUCUUCUCUUAAAAUAUCUUCGGGUGUGUUGCACCCUGUUGCCGGAGACUAGAAAAAAAUAUUAGGCCCCAAAAAAUAAGUCACUUUUGCAUGUUUUAUACACUUGCAUGCACCAAGGAGUUCAUCCCAAUUACCUUGUGGAUUAGGUAGUUUGAGAAAGAUUAUUAAAAGGAGACUCGAUAUCAGCAAUCACUGUCUGUCUCCUGGUGUAUAACACCCAGUUGCAGUGGAAAGGGUUAAAAAAAAUUGCUUUUUAUUUCAUUGACUGCAACCUUGAUCCUAAAUUCACUCAUUUUUACAAUGAACUUGCUUUUUAUGAAUGAUUUUUGUCCUAUUAUAUCCUAUUCUUAAUGGUCUUAUUUUGUUUGUUUAUUUUAUUUGUGUGUUUUUUUUUUAAAUUUUACAACCCAAAAUGAAAAAAAAGAAUAAAUGAAGUACCUUUUUAUUGUAGACCAUUUGUCAAAUUUGAGCUGCACUCUCUAAAGUUCAUUACAUUUAAAUAAAAACUUUAUCCUUGACAUUUUAUUUAAAUCUUAUAAUUAUUAAAUAUUGUGAAAAAAAGUUUGUUGUAAAUGUAAUAAUUUUGGAACAGUUAACAGCUGAAGUAGAUCAACUCCGAGAGGAAAACAGAAGAUUAUCUGUCAUAGCAUCUCAAGCAGAGUCUUUAAAAGAAAUGUUGGAGGUAUUUGUGCUGGAUUUUACAAUAAUUACUUUCAACUUAUCACAAACCUGAACAUGCUUUGCCACAAGCAGACCUGUUUACUCUUAAAAUUUUGGUGUACAAUUUUGAGAUGUCUUUUACGAUUGCUCGCCAAGACCCGUCAGAACUACAAUUUUAGGAGACCGGGUUGAAAAUAUAUACAUUCCUGUAGUUUUUUCCCCGAUGAAAAUAUAUAAUAAUUAAAAAGUACUUCUUUGGUUAUUAGUUUUAACUUGCAUUUGCAGUCUACAUCCAGCAGUGAAUGGAUCGAGAAUUUUGAUUAGUCGUGGACCAUCUAUAAUUAUAUUACGUUUUUCCUUAGAGGGGAAUAAAGUGGUGUUGAUUUAGGCUUAGGAGAUUUUGUAUUUUGGGGGUGGGGUGGGUCUGAAAUAUGUCAGUAUCUAAAAUUAACCCCGUCACAUUUUCAUAUGAUUGGGGGGGCGGGGGGGCGUAAGUUAUUAAAAAAUUCUACAAUAUUCAUCCUGAAAGUCCAAUAAACAUGGCAUAUUUAUGGCAAUGUUUGGUAGGAAUUAUUACAAUGUAUUUUCAUAAAUGAACUCGCUAGCUAUUCUAAGAUUAGUACUCAGUAGUAGCGGUAUCACAGUAAUAUUUAGUUCACUGUCUUCAGCGUGCUUGUGACCCCUUUGUGACUUCAAUUUUGUUGGACCAUGCCAGUGGUUCUAAAAUGUUCAUUUCUCGGCGUCCAUGCCAAAUUUAUCCGUUAACCAGGCUCCUUGUGUUAAAUUCUAACAAGUGCACUUCUAAAUAGCGCAUAUGUAAACAAAGUAAACUAAAAGGUUUGGGUAAAAAUAAAUAAAACACAUAUGUAUGUUCGACUUCGAGUUUACCAGUGACAGACUGUAAUAAUGUCAGUAAGCUUUGCAGUUUAAUCCACUUUGCCUCUGUGAUAGAUUUAAUCUUAGUGACUUUAAAUGACUAUUAACAUUCAUAGUGUAAACUUUUUUAUAAAACUUUCAGAAAAAAUUUGUCAUGGUUUAGGAGGAAAAUAUACAUGUAUACGGGCAUUUAGUUAACACUUUUAGAAUUCUUAUUGUUUAUUGCUAUAUUUAAGAACAAUUUUUAAAAAUUAUUAUUGAUUAAAGUAAAAGGUAUAUAUGAUUAUAUAUAUUAAUAUUUGAGUGAGAAAUAAAUCUGUUCCAGUUCUUAAGUAAUUUUCAGUUUGUUUUUACAGAGUUUUAUCACAUUUUAUAGUUAUCUAAUAAUUUGUAUACCGAUGUGCUUCCAACUUCAUUAUUAAACAUUUGAAAGGCCUAUUAGAUCAUCAAUAGAUGAAGUUACAUCUAAAUUUUUUUACUACACACAUCAUAUCUUUUAAUUUGAGAAAAACAAUUGUAGAAGUAGAACAUUAACUUGUAUAAGAGAUUGAAUUUCUUGUGAUGCCUAUUUGUCAAUGAUUACAUCAUUCAUUCUUAAUGUUGACUCUGUUUACCAGGGAAUUAUAUCAGAUGAUGAGGAGACUACAGAAGCUGCCUCUAAAUAUGUGGAUAAUCAGGAGAUUUCAGGUAGAUUUAUUUAUCAUAAUGGUAUUGAUUGCAUCUCUCAAAUAAUUUAUCUCUUCUUUACAAAAAAACUCUUUAACAACAUGAAUCCAGGGGCCUGUACUCAUAUUCUGAAAGUUAAUGAGACAAGGAAUUGUAUGGUAUGAAUUAGGGAAUUCUGUUAUUUAAGUAAGAUGACCAUGACAUAAUGCAGACCUGUUUACUCUUACGAUUUUUAGAUGUCUUUUACGAUUGUACGCCGAGACCCCCAAAACUACGAUUUUCAGAGACUCAGUGAAAAAAUAUUUGUGUAAUUUUGUCCGAUUUAAAAAAAAUUUAAACAUUUUCGGUUGUGGAAGCUUUAGCCCUUAUGGCCCCGCAUUGAAUGGACCCAGAAAAACGAUGGGUUUUUGUAUAUUUUUUUAUAGUUUGACCAUCCUUCAUUAUAUUAUAUACGCACUGAAAGGGGAGGUGGCGGUUGUUGAUUAAAGAGAUUGGUGGCAUACCAGAAACACGGGUUGGGGGGGGGGAAGGUGGGAGUUUCAAAAGAUAUAAAAAUAUCACUGCAACGCAUCCUAUUGAUGGUGGUGAUUGUCUUAGUGUUGCUUUGCGUGUCACAGUGAACUAGCCAGCUGUGUCAGCAGCAAUCUUUAGGCUAGUCGCCUGGCAACAACUUCACUCACCACCUCAUUGGACUGCUACUGCUAGCAAGCGUGUGUUCGUCUGAACCGCGGGGAUUGUGAAGAGAGAAAACUAGAGGUGUGAGAUUUAGUCAGUGGCAUUAAAAAAAAUAUUUUAGAUCUCGCAAAGCAGCUCUAUCCAGAGGCGUAGCAAGCGGGGGCAGGAGGGGACAGAUUCCCCGGGCGCCAGCUAGUUGGGGGCAUGUUUCUUUCAGAAAUUUUCCCCAGGGGGGAGCACUUCAGAUUUUCGGGGAAGGGGUACUUCAGAUUUUUCGGGGGGGGGGGGGCAGUGCCAGCAGUUCCAGUUGAUUUAUUGUUGGACAUAUUUUUGCUCCUGGGGGCACUUGGCUUUCCCCGGGGGAGGGGCACUGCCCCCCCUCCCAGAGAUAUAGCUGAAAGAAACCCUGUUUAGGGGCGCCAAAAUGUGCUUUGAUAUUAUUUUAUUGAUGAAAAUAAUGGGCUUGAGAGUUGAAAAAAAGAAAAAGGGGCACUUUAAAAUGGAUCUUGUCCCCGGGCGCCAAACACCCUCGCUACGCCUCUGACUCUAUCCCCUCAACGAUUUUAAUACAAUAAAACAGUUUUGUAUCACUACUGCUACUACUGUGCCCCCCCCCCCCCCUAUUUUUGUUUACAGCUUGUGGUAGUUACUAGUCUCUGAUACUAUAGCAGUGGUCGGCAAGCCGCGGCUCGGCCAGUCAACUACAAAGCAGUUUUUACUCCGAAAAACAUGGUCCUUGACAGGUUCUUGAAAAUAAAUUUGGCUCGCAAAAUUUGUUUAAUGGUCCUGCUGGUGAUUUGGGCUCUUUUGACCAAUGAGUAUGCUGACCAAUGCUAUUUAGUAUGUGAACGUAAAAACUCAGGGGCAUAUUGGAUAGGCGAGGGCACUAUGUUUUUCCUAUUAAUGAGUGUGGGGGAAGGUGGGUUCGUCACCAGCAUGGAAAUACGUGUUAGUGGACUAGUGUGUUAUCACUAUGUCGUGUUUAAUAUGACUACUACAGCGACCUCUUUAUGAAAACACAAAGCACUAGUAUACGGUAUAUGAUAAAUGCGAAGCAUUGUGGUGAUAUUUGUAGAGCCUUAAUAAUAAUAAUAGACCUAAUUAGAAUUUGUGGAUUUCACAGAUUUUCACGUGACAGUUGGCUCUAUAAGAGACUGUCAGGAAUCAGGAUAAUUAUUGUAGAAUUUAUGCAUAUAUGUAGGUGCAUUCUGGUGCCCCCCCACUCAAUCAAAACGCAUCCUCAGCGAGUAAGUAAUAUUUGGAUGGCCCUUUAAGUUGACAGGGCGUGCGGGGGGGGGGGGGGGGCGAGGUAUGAAUCAUUGUUAACUUUUUCAUUUUUAUUUGAAAUGUUAUAUAUGGGCUGUCCAAACAGCUCUGGCGCUAGAAUUUGGCUGCAUUGACCUUUGUGCACAUUGCGUGAUUUUAAUGUUACCAUUAUCAUUAAUGGAAUCUGCAAUAAUUCUUGUUUUCGGUUCCGUAGUUGACCUCACUCAGUAUUUUACGAUAUGACCUCGACAAAAAGAAAGGCUCGCGGAAUGGGUGAUGAAGAAGAAACUUCUCUCUCUACCGAUAAACAUCCCAUUCAACAAAAGAAAAAGAAAGUUUAUCAGCAGAUAGUCUUGCUUGAAUAUCAGACUAAAUUGACUGGUUUGCGUUCUUUGUCGAAUGGUCCAUCAUGCGCGCACUGCACAAUUACACAAUCUGCAAGUCGGACUUUUCAUGAACAAUCUAUCAUGGACCAAAGGAGUGGUGUUGAUUUAGGAAAUUUUGGGUUUGGCGUGGGUCUAAAUACUUAAAUCUAUACAAUCAACACCGUGACAUUUCCGUAAUGACAGGUGGGGGGGUGGGCUGAUCCUCGGCAGAAAGAACGUACGUUAUUUAAAAAGUCUACAAUAUUCAUCUCCUAACUCUGAAAGUCCAAAAAUAGCAUUCUUUGAUUUAGGAAAAUUUGGGUUUGGCGUGGGUCUAAAUACUUAAAUCUAUACAAUCAACACCGUGACAUUUCCGUAAUGACAGGUGGGGGGGGGGGGCUGAUCCUCGGCAGAAAGAACGUACGUUAUUUAAAAAGUCUACAAUAUUCAUCUCCUAACUCUGAAAGUCCAAAAAUAGCAUUCUAUUUAUAUCUCGAAUGCUGUAAAAUACCACCUAAUGUUUUGUAGGAAUUGUUGCGGUGAUGUUGUCAAGAUGUAUUUUCACCAAUAAACUCGCUAGCAGUAGUAGAGAAGUUACAGUUGUGUUUAGUCAUGAGUGUUCAGCGCGCGUGUGAUGCAUAUUUCGUUGGGCUACGCCAGUGGUUCUUAUAAUUUUGUUUCCUGUAUUGUACGAUUUUGAGACGAUAUCGUACGAUUUUAGGAGUUUGAGGGUAAACAGGUCUGCAUAAUGCAAUUGUUGUGCAGCUGUUUUUCUGCCUGCAACUCAGCACACUUGGACUGACUGUUGGGUACUAUUGAUCAUGUAAAAAUGUUAACAGAUGCAGAAAACAAUAUUCUUUGGGUUAGGAAAAAAUGGUUAUAUAGUGGUUUUUAGACACGGUUUUUAAAAAUUACCUAGUUGACCUAAAAGUUCCUUUUUAUAUUUCCUAUUAAAUUGAUCAUGCUCAAACUGGUGCUACGACACACACUGGGGUCAAAUGUCUUGUUAGGAUGAAUUAUAUCAAAAGUAUUAACAACUGCAUUGUUUACAUUCCUUGGCAACAAUUGCUAAGCAUAAUGAGCUCACAAAUUAUCUAAGUAAUAAUAUAUUUUCAUAUUAUAAAAUAAUUUUACAUACAUUAUUUCAUUGAACCCUUAAACUGUCAUAACGGCCGAUAAUCUGCCAUUAUACUCCUUUCUGUGGUAUCACGGCUGAUAUAAUUGACCGCCAGCAAAAUAUUCAUUAAAAAUGCGAAUGAUUUUAUUUAUAUUGUUUUGGAAAUCACUCUAUAUAAAUGAGUUUGCUUCCUAUUUCCGUUACUAUCUGUGUGUUUACUUCCUUUUUUUGUGAUUAAUCGGGUGUGAAAAUUUCUCUACUUUUUUUACCGCCAUAAUAUAUGAGGGCCCCUCUCUAGGUUGCAAAAUCAACACAGUAUUUAUUUAUUUGAAUUAUUUUAAUGAAAGCAAUGAUUUCUGAGAUAUUCCAGGUGUUAGCUCUCGCGGUGUUGUCGUAACAGUCAGAUAUUGACAAUUUUAUCCCUAAGCUUAGUCACAUUGUUUCAAAUUCGUUUGGGAAAGGGUGGAAAUCAAACUGAAAAAGACACAUAUUGGAUCCCAAAGACUUACCCCCAAGAUGUUUAUGUUCUGGAAUAUUAAUUAAUAAAAAAUGUAUUUAAUAACUUCAAUUGGAAAGGUAUUUUUGAAAUCAUUUCUCGCCUUCCCCCCUGGCAUCUUGUAUGACAGGAAUCGGAAGGUAGGGAAUAAAAAAAAUUCCCCAAUAUCACAAUUUUCAAUAUAAGUAACUAUAAAUUUCUGAAAGAAUAUUGCUUCUGGUUUCUAAAAAAUGUGAUUUUCAUGAUAGUUUGAUCAAUUUAUGGAGUAUUUAAGGUGUGUUGAAUUCAGAAGUUGAGUAUUAAAAUUGUAUUCCCUGUAAAGGUCAAGGUCAGUAUCAACAUACUUAAUGUGAAGGGCCGAGUGGAAAAAGUACCUAAGUUACACUUUUUCAAAAACGAGUUAAGCCUGGCAUUAUAUCUGAUUACUUCGCCUGAAUCAUUCCUGUAAAUACCAUUCAUGAAAAAUGUACAUAAGUGUUUCAUUCAGAGCUAAAUCAAGCAAAUUUAAAUGUAUUUAAAUAAGAAUUUAAAAACUUAGAACUAAUUUUUCUCAAAACUGCAAAAAUACACUUAAGUACUUUUCUACUCAGCCCUUCAUAUGCAAAAAAAUUCUUUUCAUACCAUAAGAUACCUUGUCCUUUUACUUUCAGAAAAUGUCUACUUGCAAAGGUCUCUGAAUUCAUUUAGUUUUGGGAUUGGUGUCAUUUUUGACAAGCAAAUGAAAAUGCUAAAAAUGGCUUCACACUAAAGAGACAUGUUCUUGACAGUUAUAGGCUUAAAAACACAAAUUAAACCUAAAAAAAAAACACCUCAAAAAGAAAUAUAAAUUGAUGAAACACUCCAUUACUGAUCUUCUGGUAUUAACAAGUAAAUGGAUUGAGAAUGAAAAUUCUCAUCAGAAUCACUUGAUUCAGGUUCCCAACUAUCUUCUCCUUGAGAUUCAGAUGAAAAUUGAUAUUUGCUCAAGUAAUUUUAAUUAUUCAAGACUCUGCACUGUCAUGCUGACAAAGAGUAUGAAAAAUGUGCCUAAGAUGGCGACUCUCGUUUGGGCAUGUCACAUGAAUCUCAACCUCUCAAAAAACAUCAAAAUUAUUAAAAAAUCUUUUAAUUUUAUUUUUUAAAAUAUUUUUCUUCAAAUCGUUGGAUGAAAUAAUUAUUAUAUAGCAUACUUCAAAAAAUUACAAAAGGCAACAUUUUAUAAGCGAAAAUAACCUGCAUAUAUAAAGUUACGCUCUCUGUAGAGGAGGAAUGAAAAGAGUUACGAUAACAUGCAUCAAAUUUGAUUAACAGGAUGAAUGUUCACUCUAUGCUUUUUAAACAAAUUGCUUGGAAGAUUCCUCCAAUUAGUUUUUUUUUUUAAAAUUCUAAUCUUAUUAGAUUUAAAUCAAUGACAAUAAAGAUAUUUGAUUGAUUCAUUUAUAAAGGUAGGCAUAAAUGUAUCACAGAAGUACAUUGUAAUCAAAUUAUAUUAUUCAAUUCUAUGUCUGUUUUCAUUAUUUCCAAACUUUUUGUUUUCUGGUCAAGAGAUGAAAGAAUGAACCACUUUUCACCACCAAACACUUUUUGCCACCAACCAUUUUGACCACUUAUGUUUACUCAAUUGUUUUCUUACUUUUCAGUUGUGAGUCCGGGAGCUGGUGAAGCUACCAGUGAAAUUCAUUCAACUGAGAGGAAUGUAAAUGAUGAAAAACUAGACUGAUCAAAGAAACUGUUGUAAAUAUUGAUUUUAUUGCUUUAACUUGCAAGAGGACGUGUGAAAAUGUAUGUGCAGUUGUUUAGUUUUAAAAAAUGUACCCAAAGAGUAUGAGAAAUUGCUUGAAUUAGUGAAAGAACUUUAGGAUCCCCCUUUUGAAGAAACAUGGAUGAAUUUUUUUAAAUUAUAAAGUUCUUGUCUAUUUUUUUGUGUGACAUUUUAAAAUGUUUGUUCAUGAUUCUUUGUGUGAAUUAAAUUGAAAAUGAUUAUAAUU